UCGCCUGGCUCGCAGCUCCGAGUCUCGGGCGCACGCCCAUCGUCACCGCUGUCCUCCGCGCCCCCUUGGCCGCCGCGCCUCCAGCCGAGCUCCGGCGCCUCUUGCCUUUCUCCUUGUAGCGUGGGCAGGUGACAGCAGGGACAUGUCCCGGGAGCUGCAGGAUGUGGACCUCGCCGAGGUGAAGCCUCUGGUGGAGAAAGGGGAGACCAUCAGCGGCCUUCUGCAAGAGUUUGAUGUUCAGGAGCAGGACAUCGAGACCGUGCAUGGCUCCAUUCACGUCACGCUGUGCGGGACCCCCAAGGGGAACCGGCCCGUCAUCCUCACCUACCACGACAUCGGCAUGAACCACAAAACAUGCUACAAUCCCCUCUUUAACUACGAGGACAUGCAGGAGAUCACACAGCACUUUGCCGUGUGCCACGUGGACGCCCCUGGCCAGCAAGAUGGCGCUGCCUCCUUCCCUGUGGGGUACAUGUACCCCUCCAUGGACCAGCUGGCUGAAAUGCUCCCCGGGGUCCUCCACCAGUUUGGGCUGAAAAGCAUUAUCGGCAUGGGGACUGGAGCAGGUGCCUACAUCCUCACCCGAUUUGCUCUGAACAACCCGGAGAUGGUGGAGGGCCUCGUCCUCAUCAACGUGAACCCUUGUGCGGAAGGCUGGAUGGACUGGGCCGCCUCCAAGAUCUCCGGAUGGACCCAGGCCCUUCCAGACAUGGUGGUGUCUCACCUCUUCGGGAAGGAGGAAAUGCAGAAUAACGUGGAGGUGGUCCACACCUACCGCCAGCACAUCGUGAACGACAUGAACCCUGGCAACCUGCACCUGUUCAUCAACGCCUACAACAGCCGGCGAGACCUGGAUAUCGAGCGGCCCAUGCCCGGAGCCCACACUGUCACCCUGCAGUGCCCUGCUUUGUUGGUGGUUGGGGACAGUUCGCCUGCUGUGGAUGCUGUGGUGGAGUGCAACUCGAAACUGGACCCAACAAAGACGACCCUCCUCAAGAUGGCAGAUUGCGGCGGCCUCCCCCAGAUCUCCCAGCCAGCCAAGCUUGCUGAGGCCUUCAAGUACUUCGUGCAGGGCAUGGGAUACAUGCCCUCGGCCAGCAUGACCCGCCUGAUGCGCUCCCGCACAGCCUCUGGCUCCAGCGUCACGUCCCUGGAGGGUGCCCGCAGCCGUUCCCACACCAGCGAGGGCGCCCGCAGCCGCUCCCACACCAGCGAGGGCGCCCGCCUGGACAUCACCCCCAACUCCGGGGCCACCGGCAACAGCGCGGGGCCCAAGUCCAUGGAGGUGUCCUGCUAGGCGGCCCGCGCCAUGGCCGUCCCUGGACUCUGGGCUCACGCAGCUGCCCUUCCUCCAGCCCUUCCCGCCCCGCCUGCCACACCACACGUAACUCGUAUUAACCCAAAGCUUAUGGUGUAAGAGAGCUCUGGGGGGACAAAGUUAGACCGGGUUUGUCGAGGGCGCCUCUCCCAGCAGGGCAGGACGGGCGGACCAAAGGAAAAGAAGCAUCUCAGUGUCCUGUGCUCAUCGGCGGGUGGCCCGGCGGCCACCCUCUUACUCUCCCUCAGAGACAUCAAACUGCCAAAAACAAGACGCGCCGCCCUAAACUCUUCCUAAACCCAGGCCUAGGCUGGUUCUAACGGCACAGGUUGGAAGCCCAGCCCCUCUACUUCCUGUUUCCUGUCCACAUAAGGAGUAACUGACCCAGUUUUUGGAAACAAAACCCCGUUCUGAUUUGGGUAGGGGGAGAGCCGCGGGUGGUGGUGUCCUCUCCUAACUCAGCAAAACAGGAAGUGGGAAAGAGGUGGACUUUCUGUGGUGGCUAGAAUGCUUGGAAAAACAAAUCUACGUAGUGAUACGUGAAGAAAUAGGUUUCUCAAGUGCGUGUCUAUAUCUGCUUUUUAAUGCUGAAACAUACGAAACAUACGAGCCUGCUUUUUUCUGGCAUCCUUCCAAUGGACGAUGUAAGCGGGCGGCAAAAUCUCUGGGCUUUCCCAAAGAUACAGUCUUGGCAAACGUUGGUAUCGUGAAUUCAAGCCUUUGGCUCUGCUGUCUGAUUCCUCCUCCAUAGCCCAGCUUCUCACCCCAAAUUCAUGGUGAUUAUGGGGUGCAUGGGGAAGACCAUUUAGGUUUGCACUUGCUCUCUUUGAAAUGGAAGGAAACAGUCCCAACAGCUGUACCUGGACGUGAUGCCUCCACACAGUGAGGGGGCGCAGGGGUACUGGGGUGGGGGUGGGGGGGCAUUUGGGUUAUUAGAUGUAAAGGAUUUCUGCGGUUGCAAUGGGGUCGAGCCCAGUUGUGAUUUCAGUCGAUCCCACCCUGGUCCCCAGGAAUCUUGUGUGAUUGAGUUAAAUCCAGCUUCCAAUAUUUGACAACGGGGGGUUGAACCUGAACUUGGCGGCUGAACGUUUCUGACCUGGCAACAUCACUGGGUCUGCGAGUAGAGCUGUUCUUCCCUCUCGCAGGGGGUGGGGAUUCACACGGGAGUGGUGGCUGAGACGAAGUAAGGAUUCUGGAAUAUUCCACGGGAUUUCCUUCCCUCUCCUGCCGUCCCCCCUUCCCUGCCCCUCUAACCUUUUGCUGAACGGGGCGGCACCACUGACCUUUCUGGGCAACGUCAGCGUAGCGGUCAAGUUCCUAUACUACUGCCUUUUGAUUUCAUUUUGGCUAACCAUUUCUUAUAGGAAGUUUGAUCAGAGCGGACAGAUCAUUGCGACUCAGCCACUGGGGCCUGGUGCUUUCUGGGACCCUAGAGUUGGUAGAAGGAAGUAGUCAAGGCUUCUAGGUAGCUUGAGGGGCGGUGACUCAGUUUACUCCCCCUACCACUUGGAGGCUUCCCCUGACCUGUGCAGAAAGGUCGGGUCAGGACAGGCAUGGCUGAAUCGAGACUGGAAAAACGUUGUGUACAAGGCUUUCCGGAGCAGUUUCUUAAUGAGAUAUUUGUAUUUAUUUCCAGACCAAUAAAUUUGUAACUUUGCA